AUGGGGUUCCAACUACCACCAGAGUUGACAACGAUUGUGUUAGAGUAUAUCAUUGGAAAGGAGAAUGCCAAUCUUGCCCCAUAUGCUACUAUCAACCGCGACUGGCAGGCAAUUGUCGAGAGGCGAACCUUCGAACGCAUCAAAAUCAACACUGCCAAGCGAUUAGCGGAAUUUAACCAGUUUCCAUGGGACCAAGUAUUAUGGAGACAAAGAAGAUACCAUGUACGGAAAAUCGAACUGAUUGUGGAGCUGGAGUCAUAUGAUGGCGAGGCUCGCACACGGUACGAAAAUGAAGAAGAGAUGCAGCGAAAUAGUAAUAUCUUCACCAUUUCAAUCCAGUCACUUUUCAAUACUCUAUCCGAAUGGCCGGACAACGAAGCAGGCGUUACUCUUUCGAUUAGGGCGCAGUCACCCGGCGAUAUUAGCGCCCAAGGUCCAGAGAUAAGGAAGCAGCGGGGGUGGGAACCACGUAUCCUAGCUGAUGACAUCUGGGACAUGCGACAUGAAAGAUCGUACCUCCAAUUCAACGAGGGAGCUGUCGGUGCUCAAUGUCGAGCUGUCCCUAUAAUUAUGUAUCUUGAUAUCAUGGGGGCGAUGGGUCAUAGGAAACUAGAGCCAGCCUCUACUUCUCUUAUCGCGUCGAAGUUGCCUCGACUACACGAUCUGGAGCUUUGCUUAGAUGAUAAUUGCAAAUGGAACCCGCAAAUAAGAAAAUUUCGACGGAAUGACUUUGCGGACUCUAUUCAGCUCUGGCCUCCUAGUAUAGGCAAUCUCAGCCUUGACUUCUGCCAUCUCACCCCAGAAGACGAAAGCUUUCCCCCAGCAGCUUCAACAGUAGAGGGAACCCCGGAUCCUCUAAGCUGGCGCCUACGAGAAUUCUCUCAACAAUUGAAGGUGAUGGGUGGAAGUCAAUGUGUUCUAGGAAGAGAAUUUUUUUGGCCGUUAGAUGGAGAUACUCCCGAACCUCCAUUUUGGCCCCAUCUAACUGAUGUGAGCUUUGAGUAUUUGCCUAUCACACCAUGUGGGAAAUGGAUGUUUGAAAAGGACGAAGACGAGGAGAAUUAUGACUCAGAUGGUCUAGGGUCCUACUAUGAUGAUAUGGAGGAUACCGAUCGAGAUUGGGUUGCUCCAGAGGACCGCAGGUGCAACCUAUUUCGAACCAAACCCUUGCACGGAUUGUUCAAUCAACAUUAUCUAUCGGCUGGCAAGGCUGCUUUACGGAUGCCUAAACUAGAAUCUAUGUUCCUGGACAUUUCGAAUCGACCUCGAUACCAGUUUCGGUAUGGAGUGAAGAACGGAGUGGCGAAGGCGACCUGGUUCAAUGAGCUUGAUUCCAAAGCAUUUGAACCAGACGAGGAGGUUUUGCAAAUUUGGAAACAAGUUGCGUUGGAGCAUACCGGUGACGACCUUGUGGUUGAAUUUGAUAUAUGUUGA